AUGGCUGAAUCCAUAACUCUUUCCUCAGAACUCGCAAGUUACUCCAGAAGAGUCUCACCGGCAUCUGUGGGUUUCCAAGAGGAGAAGCUCACCCACCUUCACUUCUACCUCCAUGACGUAAUCACAGGACCAAACCCCUCCGUAGUCACCGUCGCGGAGCCCCUCAAGGAUAAAUCUAACUCUCCACUGCCAUUCGGAACCGUUGUGAUGAUCGACGACCGAUUAACGGUGGCUCCUGAACCUGACUCCGAACUCGUGGGAAAGGCACAGGGGUUCUACGCAUCUUCGUCCCAGGAUGGGGUGGGGCUAACCAUGACCAUCACCUUUGUUUUCACGGAGGGGACACAUAAUGGCAGCACCCUCAGCUUGUUGGGCCGAAACAUGCUUGAUUUUCCGGUGAGGGAGAUGCCGAUCGUCGGCGGCACCGGGGAUUUCCGGUUCGCGCGUGGGUUCGCUCAGGCCAAGACUCACUCACUCGAUUUCACAACGGGAAACGGUAUUGAGGAGUUCGACGUAUAUGUGUUCCAUUAUUUUAUUACGGACUCUAGUUCAUCAUAA